GUCGUAUGCCUUUCAAGUACAAAUUACAAAGUAAUCAUUUUUCAAAAUGUUGAAGUGAAAGUAAUUAACAUGAAAGCUGAUGGUAAUUGACGGAUUAGCAACGGUGUAUCUUCACAUCUUGUGGUGCAAUAUCGGGAUCAUUGUAUGUAAAUAUAUCAUCAAUUGACCCGGAUUACUUCAUAAUCGGAGAGAGGUAUGGGAUCAUUUGUGAUAUCUGUCGUUCUGCUGUUUAUGCAUACUUCUAGGUCCAUAGCACAGGACGUUUCACUCACUGCUGUAGACAAAGAGAUCUUGAUAGAUCAGUGUGGAGACGCUGGGUUUUCUAGUGACGUCAUAUUGGAUGACUGUUGUCAUUUUUGGCACUGCGCAAAUGAUGGCAGCUUCCACCGGCAGUCAUGCAUGCCUGGAACUGUUUGGCAUCCGGGAUGGUGCACAUGCGUGCAUCCAAAUGAAUAUCAACUAUGUGAUCCUGCUGAAUGUGUAAUCGACAUGGUAACAUCAGAGCCGUGUCCUGAUAAAUCUGUAUUGGCACAAGAUGGAAAAUGUUGCAUAAACGGGGACAUCUAUGAAAUGAUAGAUUCCGUCACGUACAAGUUUGGCCAGGACCGGAAAAAAAGUCGAUGUCCUGAUGGGCAGGUGUUCAGCUUGGAAAGCUGUUGCUGUGAAGGCGAUAUAUUUUCAAUGCAAAAGUGUGGGUGCUACCAUUGGCCAUUUUCUACCGACUUCAUUGACAUAAUCCAGGGAGUCCCCGCGUCUUCUGAUGGAGGAGUUGGGAUCACUGAAGGAGGCGCCGAUUCUGAGUUAGGGGGAACAAACUUAGGCAGCUUGUCCCUCUUAGAUCCAGAAGGGUCAAUAAAAUUACCAAGGUUUAUUAACUCCUACUAUGGAACUAAACUCUUCAUAUCAGUGUGGUUCAAGGCGGACCCCGAGACACAAAACAACGGAGGUAGUUUGAUCAGAAAUGCCGGACUAACAGGCACACCAACGAUACGUCUAGAUCUUCUGGACGAAAUACGGAUAACUGGAGGACUUUGGGUGAAAGAUGGCACUUAUGACUUUUUGGAAUAUAUUCAACCCACUGGAGGAUGGCACUUUAUUGCUAUGUCAUACGAUGAGGGCUGCCUUACUUUGGUCCUGGACGACGAUGUUUACACAUUUGAUGAGCAAGCCCCUCUUGAUGCGUUCAACACGAGGCAGAUCGCAGAACAACAGCAACGAACAAUGGAGGCCAUAUUAGACGCUUCCGAUUCGGCUAUAAGCGAAAUAUCUGAGCUCACCAAUGGCCCUGCCAAUGUCAUCUUUAACCAACUUGGGUUCGACAUCAACCCUCAAAUCAACACCAUGCUUCAGGAGAUAGGCACCGUCAGAGGCAAUCUAGGAUUGUUUGACCAAGCCUCCGUUAAUGUACUGGAGCUAGAGAACAGAUUGGAAGUCGGUGCUGAGCUUGAUUCCAUAGAUGUGGAGCUGACAAAGACGGAUUGCAGAACGUUUGACAGAGCUGUAGAUACAUCUUCAAAAGCUAUAAGGAGGAGCAGAUUUCAAUUAGAGCGAGAAGGACUGAGGAAAAUAUCAGAAUUGUUAUCAACAGAGAACAACUUUGAGAACAUCAUGGCGCUAGAGCAGGUCGAAGUCUUGCUAAAAGAAAUAAUCGUAGAUAUUAUACCGAGAUGGAACCACGUGUUUGAUAUGCGUGCUACUACAGACAACAUGAAGAACCUCCUUAAGCUUUACGAAGAUUUUGAUUUGACAAGAUUGCAAAGUGCCCUCGAACCUACCACGUUUGAGGAGAUGUUCCAAGCUGUCGGUGACAAUAAAAAACCCAAAAAUUUAAAUAUUAAGCCUACCAAAAUGCCACUGACAGUCGGUAUCGACUACGUUGGACUCAUCGAUGAGGUGAGCUCAGUGAUACUUACGCAAUACAACUUAGCUUGUCAUAUGUGACUUUAGUUGGGACGAUUCUCAGAUUACACAACUGAGGUUAGAAAAUGUAAUUGCUGACUCGCCAGAUGAUGCGUCAUAGAUGUCACCAUAUGUACCACAAAGGAAAUGCUUGAUGAAAAAUCAAUUAUUUGAUGUUAUUUAAUUUGAACAAGUUAUUUACUAAAGAAACAUUCAUAAAUCUUUAAUAAUUCAAUUGAUUUUGUUAUUUUUUCUUGAACUGUUGCGUAUAUGCAUAUCUAAGUACGUCAUUGUCUUGUCUAAACGUCGAUGGCUUUGGAAUUAUUAUUUAUACAA